AUGGCAUCGAAGGUAGUCUCGAAAGUCGUUGGGGGGGUGAUGAGCAUCAACGAAAAACAAACGCUGCAAUCAAAAGGGAUAUGGGAGGCUUUGCGCCGCCUCACAGUAAUUGACGAGAACCGGAGCAACGGCGUGCCCUUAAAUCCUUACUUCCGCAAUCCCACGCCUGGUGCACUGGACCCCCUGAGCUACGACGAUCCUAUCACUUUGCCCGCUGGUGACAUUGCUGGCAACCCGUACUGGAAACGUGACGCCCGCCGGAACUAUCCACGCCUCAGCGUAGUGAGCCAAGCGGACGUUGUGGCCCUUCUGACUGUCGGCAGCGCUGCAGCGCCAAAGACUGACCUUGUUGGGGCUGCUGGCGCACAGGCGCUUGUAGCAGCUGCCGAAGAGGGCCAGACCAAAGGGUUGGGAGGACACCUGGCUGCCAAGCCACCUGUUGACGCUAUCAAGGACUUACUUGUUGAUGGCCUACCCCCUACCCCCAGUGGGCAGAGCCUGGCAAGUGGCUCGUGGGACGUUCAUAAGUACAAGCUGACAGCGGAGCCGUCGUAUUCGGAAGGUGAGACGUUUGUGUUUGGAUUUCCUUACAAGGCCGCUUUUGAGUCGAAGUCAUCGUGUAUUAGCUACAGUGUCGGUGUCUUUUCCGAUGGCACUUUAGCCGGAACGGAGGCUGCUGCUGUGUUCGCCGUUUGUAAUGAUGGUAAUUGUUGCAAAGGAAACGGCGACGACGAAGAUCCUAAGAUUGUCGACUCGCCCGUGGCUUUCUCCACUAUUCGUGCCUUUCCGCUCGCUCGCUUAACGCGAUUGUCGAAAUCGGUAACGGCCUCAUCAGUGUUCCCUACCGACAAAGUCCCGGGCUCUAUCAAUCUGCCAUACGUCAACAAUGUCCCUCAUCGUGGGAACCCCACUCUGUAUAUCUGUGGUACUGACGAGUACGGAACCGCAACAGAGACCAAGGCGCUGGAAGUUGGCAUGAGCCCUCGAGAAUUGUGCGACAAAUUUCACAAAUUACACAAGCAAAUAUACGACGAUUUCGAUAUCAAGUUCGACUACUUCGGCCGUACGAGUACCGAUAAGCACACUGAAGUCGUCCAGGAUGUCUUCUUGAAGCUGUGGGAAAAAAAGUGGCUCGAGGAGCGUGUCACCACCCAACCAUUCUGCGAAGGGCACAAUGCUUUUCUCGGUAGGACUUGCACUUCUUAUACUAUGUACCAAAUGACCCUGCUGACGAGUGAUUUUCAGCCGACCGAUUUGUCGAAGGAACCUGUCCUCGUUGUGGAUAUGACGACGCUCGCGGAGAUCAACUGGACGGACUGGUGGAAAGCGGACGAUGUAGAACUUUAUCAGUUUAUGGGCAAGGACAACACGCCAUUCCAUGCCGUCAUCUUUCCAGCUUGCGAAAUUGGCACGGGAGACAACUGGACCAUGGUCCACAACAUUUCGACGACGGAGUAUCUUAAUUACGAAGGAACAAAAUUCUCAAAAUCUCGGUCUAUAGGCGUCUUUGGUGAUCAGGCCAAGGAUACUGGCAUUCCGACGUCUGUUUUCCGCUACUAUCUACUCAGCUCAAGACCGGAGCACAGUGACACGCAGUUCGAAUGGAGUUCAUUCGUUCUGGCGAACAACUCCAUCCUGCUUGCCAAUAUAGGCAAUUUCAUCAACAGAAUAGUGAAGUUCGUCAACGCCAAAUUUGAUGGGAUCGUGCCGGAAUAUUCGCCAACACUCACUGACGAUAAUUUUGAUUUCCCUGGUUGGAUUGGCGAUGUGCAAAACCUCCUCGAUGAGUACAUCAGCGAGAUGGAUUUUGUCCACCUACGCAGCGGGGUGGAGAAGGCAACUGCCAUAUCUAGCCAAGGUAAUACCCUGUUGCAGUAUCGGCUGGAUAAUUCUUGUCUAGAGAAAGAGCCUGAAAGGACCAAGACCGUCAUUGGAUAUGCUCUGUCUUCAUCGGACCUACCGUUGAUUCAGCACGCGAACCUAGAGAAUCUCCCAGAGAACUACUUGCUCAAAUACUAUUUGUACCAUGCCAUGACCUGGCCACAGCUGAGCUAUGUCGCCGUCGACGUUAGCCGCCCAGCCAAGACACCAUACGACCACCCCAAGAUUGUCGGCUACGUCCUGGCCAAGAUAGAGGAGGAACCGGCGGAUGGCGUGCAGCACGGCCACAUUACCAGCAUCAGUGUGAUGCGUACGCAUCGCCGCCUCGGCAUCGCCGAGAAACUGAUGCGACAAGCCCAGCUCGCAAUGGUCGAGACAUUCGGUGCCCGUUAUGUCAGCCUUCAUGUGCGCGUGUCCAACUUCGCUGCCAUACACCUAUACUGCCAAACCCUUGGAUUUCGCAACGAUAAGACUGAACUUAAAUACUACGCUGAUGGAGAGGAUGCGUAUAGUAUGAGACUAGAUUUAGACGACUUGCGGCAACAGCUGGAAGGCGAGAUUUCUGAAAAGAAGGAGAAGCGGGAGAAGAAGGUGGGAGAUAACGACGCCGAGAAGAAAGAGGUUGACGGAGCGUUCUCCGACGAAGGGGAGCCGGUUGGAGAAGCUGGCCAUGCGGUCCACACAAGUCGGGAACGCAAGGUCAAAGUUAAAGUCGGCCGAGCACUUGGCGUUGGCGAACUGGUGGAACGGGUUGAAGCAAAAUCGGCGGCAUGA